AUGCAAGCGCAGUCGCCGUUUGCCUCGCUUGCCGCAGUGGCGACGUCGUCGCCGAUGACGUCUGCUGGAGCGACACUCGGUUCGCCGGUGUCGCUGGCGUCGUUCCCAUCGGCGUUCGCCGCCUUUGCGUCGCAGCUCCGGACGACGCAGCUCCAGACGCUGCUUCAGUCGCAGGUCGCAGCCCUACAGUCGCGGCCGUUCCAGCCGACGGUCAUCGAAGGGAAGAGGGUGCGUUUGGGAAGCCAUUUCUAGAGAAAAAUGGAACAAUUAACUUAUUGAGCUCAGCCUUUAUUAUAUGUAGGAGCGUGAGCUUUGAAUCUGAGUACUUGGUUAGCUUACAGUUACAAGAACCAUUUUCCAUGCUUUUUUUCUCAAAAAAAAAUGUCCCUUUGAAGACGCCUCAAGACUAUCCGCCGGCCCGGAAACGCGUCGGUGGCUCAACAGUGAAAACCGCCAAAGUUUGGCGAUUUUUCGACGAGCUCCCGACUCCAGAGCAAGCCGCCGAGUGCCGGAUAUGCAGGAAGAAAAUCAAGGCCACCAACAGCAGGUUCGAAAAAAAAUGCUCCAGAAAAAAAUAUUCCUUUGUUUUUUGAGAGAUUUUGGGAGAAAACAAGUUGAAAUGAAAGAGAAGAAUAACGAGAUGAAAUAUUAAAAAGUUGGGAAGGCGAGCCGAUCGUCCGGAUUCAUUGGAGCGGCGCCAAGACCAUUCAGACGCCUUUUUCCUUAUUUUUCCCUUUUUUUCAGCCCCUCGAGAUAACAAUAUCAAGAAGUGAAUAUUUCAUCCUGUUUUUUGAAAAAAAAAGCUCUUGUUUUUUGGCGCUGAUUUGUGUAGCUGGGGUUUUUAAAGGAGCAUAGGAUUAAAAAUUAGAGGAACUUCAUGACGAAAACUAUGAGAAAUGAAAGCAAUUUUUAGCACUACUGGAAUGAUCCGGCACUUGCGGAGCUGCCACGUCCAGGAAUAUCAAUUGGUUCAGGAGGCUCGACAGAGCAGUAUGAUCGUCAAAAUGGGUUAGUUUCGAGUUGUUGAAAAUUUUUAGGUGAAGGAUUUCAUAGCUUAUCCUGAUUUACGAGAAAAAAUGAGAAAAAAUGAGUCGGCUUAAGGAAAAUUGACGGAAAGAUUUAACCCGAGGAAGACUAUAGAAAAUUAAAAAACACAGCUGUAAUUUUUUAGGAAUUUUGGAGUGAUCCCUAUAGAGGUUAGUUAGGAAAAACUGCCCCUGAACAGGGCCGAAAAGUGGCCCCUAAAGAGGUAAAAUCAAGGUGGACCUUUUAGCGGUUUAGGGUUUGAAUUCUUAGUCUCUAAGUGGUUCCUAUAGGGGUCUUUCAAUUAUAUAAAAAAAGCUUUUUUUAUUCAUUUUUUUCGCAUGAAAAAUGCUUUCUCGCAUUAUAAAAAUUAUACCAUUUUCGCAAUCUUUAGUGGCCCCUGUAGGGAUUGGUGAAGUGGUCUUUAAAGGGGACCCUCCAAGGGCCCCUAAAGUUGCCCCUAUAGAGUUCACUCUCGAGUUCCUAAGUUUAAUCAGUUUUUGCUUGUGAAGGCACGAUUUUUCUUUAAGUAAACUAGGAAAAUGACAAAUUCAUUCUGGAAAUCCAACUUUUUCCUUUUCCGAACCCAAGCGCACGCCGAUUUCCAACCCAACCAAAGAUCACUCAUUAACCCCCUGUUUUUGCAAGAUUUCUCAUCAGCUGCCGCGAGAAAAAGUUGCGAAUCGGAUUGCGCAACGCGAGAGAGAGAGGCGUUCGCGCGCAACAAACUGUAUAUUUCGUUUUUUGUCUGUCUGCCACUACUUUUCGUCGGAAGAGACCCGGUUUUCGGCCCAAGCCAGAUCCUUGGGUCUGGACAUGAAGCUUCCUCCUCCUAGGCCACAUCUUUUGAGGGAAAAGUUGAAACUCGGGCUUCUGGAUUUAUAGAAAAAACGGCUUUUCACUAGACCUUUUUUGGAUAACCUGCUAGCAAUCGACAAAGUGUUUAGAGUCGAAAGAUCAAAUUUCCCUUGCGGUGGACAUUUUUCAAGGGUUUGGCUUCAUUUUGAAAGUUUUUUUGAACUUAUCUUCUUGAAAAGAGAAAUAUAGCUUGGCCAUUUUAUUUUUAUAAAUUUCAAGCAUGUCAUCGGGAUGAUGAAGCCUUACGAGCAUCACUGUUAUCACCUAGAACUUAGAGAGAAAUUUUUGAAAGGGACAGUUUCCUCCAUACUUUUUGGCGCGAAUGAUGCCUCGUUUUGAAAAGAAGGAACUGGUUGGGUGGGCCGUGAAGAGGCUACCGAAGAACACCUGUAUCACCGGGGAUCGAGACAUUCAUCGGAUCGGAACAAGCGAAAAAAAAAACCGCCUGUAGAACGGCGCACCUGGCGAGUCAAACGGACACAGGGCAGCCGGCUGCAAAUUACUCUUCCGUUAUAUUCAAAUCUUGAGUCCUUGAUUCGACUGCCAACCAGAUGUUCUUGUCUUUUUUUCGAAUCAGCUAUCUGAGGAAUUCAAACGAGUUUUAGGGUUAAUUGAGCUAAUUUUUUUUUUUGAGAUGAUGAGAUUUUGAGAUGAUUUUUUUGAGUUUUUUCCUCAUUUUUCGAUGAUAUGGGAACAGAGUGUGUUGAUUGAUGAGUUAAAGGCUCAAGAAGGGUCGAAAAAAAUGUUCAAAUAUAUAAUAUAUGAUAGAAAAAAAUUAGCUACCGCGCUAACCCGAUGGAUAGAAAAUAAUGAUUUGAAAAAAAUCAUCAAGGACUCAAAUCAGAACAGCUAUAUUUUUUCUCUACCUUCGACCCUAGGAAAUUAUUUUAUCAACUGAUAAGUUUCCUAUUAAUCUCCCUUUCAACGCCGUUUUCUUCUUCGUCUUGUAGAGUUUUCACAUUUUUUCGAUAAAAAUAGAUUCUAAAUUUUUCUAUCAGCUUUUUUAAAAUUAAUCCAAGAGAUGAAGCUUCAAAAUCCAUCAAUUUCCGAAGCCCUAAUAAAGUUUUUUGAAAGAUCCAGUGAUUCUACUAUUCCACUAGUCAACUAGUGACUUUAGAACUUCCAGAGGAGAAGGCGAGAGCGAAAUUGCUGCGGGAGAUGAACGACAAAGUGACCAGCGGCAUGGUGAAUCACGUCAACCGGAAAGAACAGCAGGAGAGCCAGAAAAGCCCUUCCGGUAGGCUUUUCUGCAGAGUUUUCUAGAGGAAAUCCUGAUCCAGAAACUUGAAAAUCUUAAUUAAAUUCCUGCGUUUUUCAAUCUGAAUUUUCGUAUUGAUCAUUUUAGGAAUUUACGAAGUUGGUAUCUUAAUGUUUGCAUUUUAACUUCAAAAUUGAGGUUGAUAACUUUACAGCUUCAUCCUCGGCCUCUGACACGGCCUCAUCGACGACUUCUUCGCUUUUCGCGCCGAAUCUCGUCCUCCCGCCUUUGCCGCCCUCGGGUCUCCCGGCCCCGAAAGCCCUCAAGCCAUUGGUCAUGCCGAUACACGUCAAGUGCGAAGCUACAGAGGUUUGUACCGGGAAAAUUGGAUUUUAGAGAAGAUGACCGUUCAUUGAAUCUAUAGAUUAUGAAAAAGCUCAUACACCCUGAAAAUUUUUUACGGUUUUUGGCAACCCCCCCCUCCCCUCCCUUCCAGGUUUCACCGAGACUAUCCCAUAGGCUCUCUUUUCAGGUCGAGGAGGAGGUCGAGAAGCCGACAGACCUGACAGUGAAGACCUCUGCAUUCUCAGCGCUAUUUCCGACGUCAAUCACGUCUUCCGACGAGAAGGCCGACCAAAGGCGUCGCGAGGAGGAGCAGUACAAGAUUCAUAUGCAGGUAUAUUUCAGUUUUAAAAGAAGUAUUUUUGUUGUAACUUUUUUAACAACUCUUUGUCUUUUGGAAAAGGUUACAGAAACUUGAUUAUAUGACUUCAAAAAUAAAUCAACCUUAGGAGGGCUCGAUCUAGGAACCUUCAGAAGGCUAAAAAUGAGUUUUACCAGCUGAGCCACCUAGUUUUUUUUUCAAGCGAAGUCCAAGAAAAACCUGUUGAUGACCUGUCUCUCUUUCAGAUCCCCAAAGGUCUUUAAUUGGCCGAUUCCACAAUUUUAUAGAGUGCCUAGACGAGAAUAGCCAGAUUUUUUAAAACAGAAAAAAAGCAGAAAUAUGUUCUCAGGUUGCUCUGAUGCUUCUACUCGACCAGCACCCGCCUCAGCUUGUCGAUCGGCCCGGUUUCCGAUCUCUUAUACGGUUUGAUCUCAGGAAAAUUUAGGGAUGAGAAGAUUUUUGCUAGGAAAAAAAAGAAACUUGAACUGAUAGCCUCUCUGAAACAUCAAAAAAUUGAUUCUUCAAUCAGGUUCAUUCUGCCGGAUUACCAUAUGCCCUCGGCGACGGUCUUCCAAUCGACGAUCUGUCCGCAGCUUCUGAAUCAGAUGCGGCAGCAGAUUGGCGCCAUCUUCAACGUCAAUAAGUUUGUUUCAAUUCUUUUGCGCUAACCAAACUUGAGUUUCUGGCUUCAAGGCUGUUUUUCUGUUUGGGUCUAACAGUCAACUAACUUUGCUAGGCUUUUCCGAGUUCAAAAUGAAAAGUAAUGACGCUCUCUUUGACCUACAAAAGUGGAUUUUGACGUUGAAAAUGAGUGGGUCCGGUGCGGCAUAAAGUACGCCACCACGUGCACUUGCUGAUGGAUGUCAGUUCUCGGAGGCGGCUACCGUUUCGACCAGCCAGGACAAAGCUCAAUUUGCAAACCGCUCGGUGGGGGUUCCUCUCGCUUGGCUUCGCCUCAGAACCUUCAAAUGUUUCUUAUUUUAUGGGCCUUUGUCGAGGGCACGUCUCUGACACGAACACUUCUCUGUCAACUUCUUGGUUUCUAGGAGUGACUUGAUUGAUCGGCUUGCAACGGUCACCGUUGACUUGUUGCAAAGUUUGUGGGGAUUUUUGAACAGCGACGGCGUCCUGGAUUGAUUUUCAAAUAAGUCGCAUAGGUUCUUGCUGAGUACUUGGGUACUUUUUAGGGCAGUCUUUUAUAAGAUCCUGAAAGACGGGCUGUAGUUCUUUUGAGUUUUAGUGAGAUUUUGAAAAAGCGAAUAAUCGGACUGAAUCUCCUCUUCGUGGACUUCUGAUCCUUCGCCUUGACUUUUCAAAAGUUUCAAGCUUUCAAAAAAUUAUUCUUAAUUUUUCAGUUCAACUACCAAAUACUAACUGAUCUGGCGUGAUUUUGUGAGCUUACUAACUUUUUUUCAAAUUUUGAAACUUGCUGAAUACAACAAAGAACAUGAAAUACUCCUAAUGGCCUCCGGCGAGAGUUGAAUAAUUUGUCGGCCGUUCGAGAUCACACUCCUCCGAACAAAGGAACGAUUUGCCACCUGUUGGAGGUGUUCCUGCCGAGGGAUUGACACAUGAACGGAAUCGAGAACCUUCUUGGCCGAUCCUAUCUCCUGGCGGUCCUUCUGAUGAUUGCCUUGAAGUUUUUCUUUUGAAUUUCUUUAGAUUUCGAAACAAAGGGUGGGUAUUCUGAAAUGAAGUUUGUUGGUUAAGGUAUUCAGCAGAAGAAAAAAAUUAGCGGUGCUUUAACAUAAAAACAUUUGUUCAGUCCGAUUUCGAAUCCGUUCGACGACGGGAACGGCGUCGCGUCGGCUUCUGUGGCCGUGGAGACGUUCAGUGAGCCGAAAGGCGAUGGAUCCUUCGAGGAGCAACACAUCGAGGUAAGAAACAAGCUUUUUUCAUCUGACAAGCUAUGAAAAACUGUCUCAAACACUUUCUGAAGGUCUAGAUUCGCAACUUGAAAAAGUUUGAAGUUUCAAAGAUAUGAAGCUUCAAAGGGUCUCACUAAAUGGUACUUAGAAACUACAGAAUUUUCCCUAUAGGGGUCCUUGUAUUGUACCCUCUAGGUACCACUUUACCCUCGAGGUAGCACUUUACCAACCACUUGUCCGCAUGUUUUUCGAAGGUACAGAUCCUCUAGGUACCACUUUACCAGCCCCUAAAGGGGCCACUAAAGCUUGCAAAAGUGGUUUCUUUAAGGAUUUCAGUAAGUGGCCCCUAUAGGGGACAUGCUGGUCGAUAGUUGUUAUGAACUCUAAGCAAAGAAGCAUCUGCAUGGGAAAAACUGAAUAAAUAAGCGUUCUUUGAAUGAAAUUGAAAGACCCCUAUAGGGUCUACUUGAGCUUUAGGGGCCAAGGGGUCUGACCCUAAACUCCUACAGGGACCCCUUUAAUUUUACCCCUAUAGAUACCACUUUUUCGGCCUUUCUACGUUUUUUUUUCCCCCAACCCCUUUAGGGACUGCUCUGAAUUUAAGAAGUGAUCAUUUUUGCAAGGUUUCGGCCUUCUGCACCUUUAAAGAGCUUUUGAGAAGAGAUUUUCUCCUGACUUUUUCUUUUUUACAUCACCUGUCCUGACAGGUGAGCGACGAGCCGGAGCCUGAGGACGACGACUGCGAAUCGGCGAGCUCUAUCGACUGUGAAGCCAACAAUUUCUCGAGCAUCGAAAUCGCCAGUUUCCUUCAGCUCGUCGGCAACGCCGCACCUCAGGUAAGCCUGAAAAAUCUGACGAUUAUCGAACCGAAAGCUACAGGAAGAGCUGACCUCGCUGCUGUCGGUGGUCCACAACGUUUGUCGCUACUUCGAAGCACGACCGCAGAUUCUGGCCAAGCUCCUGACGCCUCCCGUUGAGAAGCCGUCGCCGCUGCGGGAGCUCGAAUUCGUCUCCAACAACAUGACGCUCAUCACCGCCUACAUCCGCGAACAUCCCGACAUGGAGCUUCUCCCUCUGUCCACUGCCCAGAGUAACCUCCUCGCUGUCGUUGUUCAGCGACUUCUCACCAUCUAA